AUGGCAAAGAUCUACGACCUCUACGGCAUCACUAAAGACGACCAAGUCUGGGACGUAAGCUCACAUUCUGCCGAAGAGUUCAACAAUGUUAUGGGUAUGCUAUACUACAGCGACGAAGAAGACAGCAACGACGAAGACAUCUACACUGGUGGACAGGAGAUCUUGGAUGAUAAGGGCAAUAAAGACUGGCAAUUGGGCUACGAGUUCUUUUUGAAGUGGGAGAAGGAGUGCCAGGUUUGGGAGGGCGAAUGGAUGAAAGAGGAGGAUGACAAUAUGAGAAAGGUUAUGGAGUAUGAGAAGAAGAGGAGGUUGGAAAAAGAGGAGAAAGAAAAAGAGGAGAAAGAAAAAGAGGAGAAAGAACAAGAGGAGAAAGAAAAAGAGGCCAACAACAACAUCAAAAUCAAUGCCUCAUCCAAGAGUCAUUCCACCUCCUGUGAAAAAACAGAUGAAGUGACUUGA